AUGAUCAAAGCAACUAUCACCUUAUUAGCCAUAAGCACUUCUUACUUGUUACUUCUAGCUACUCCAACCAAGAAUUCUACCUAUUAUCAUUCUCUCUUUAUAUCAAAUUCUUUAUCAGAUAAUGUUUCGAUAUCCAACAACCUUGAAAUUCUCACACAUAGGCCUCACAUAGCAGGUUCUGAAGCCAACAAUGAAGCUGCAGCUUAUGUUGUCUCAGUACUUACUUCAUGUAACAUACUUUCCCGUGUAACAUCCUAUGAUGUUGCUCUUACAUAUCCUGUUUCUCGUUCAUUGGUCUUGACAAAAUCAUCUUCAGAAUCUUCUUCCGUUAGCUUUAACCUUAGUCAACAAGUUUAUGAAGGUGAUCCUUACGCUGAUGUGGCCGAUGAAGUUGCCCCGACAUUCCAUGCAUAUGCUAAGUCAGGUACGGCUGUUGGUUCUGUGGUUUACGCAAACUAUGGAAGGGUGGAGGACUAUUUGAAACUCAAAGAAAUAGGAAUCAAUGUUUCAAACACGGUUGUUUUGGCGAAGUAUGGAAAGAUCUUUAGAGGAGACAUUGUGAAGAAUGCAUAUGAUGAAGGUGCUAUAGGAGUUGUGAUAUAUUCGGAUAAAAAGGACUAUGGCGGCGGUGGUGGUGGAACAAAGUGGUUUCCUGAUGAAAAAUGGUUGCCACCAAGCGGCGUUCAGGUUGGGAGUGUUUAUGGUGGGACUGGAGAUCCUACAACACCUGGUUGGGCUAGUAGUGGCACGUGUGAGAGAAUAUCAAAAGAUGAAGUUGAGAAAAGUGGUGAUCUUCCUUUGAUACCUUCAUUGCCGGUGUCGGGUGAAGACGGAGAAAAGAUAAUUAGGUCAAUUGGUGGUCCUGUUGCUGAAGAUGAUUGGCAGGGAAGUAAAGAUGCACCUACUUAUAGGGUUGGACCGGGACCAGGGAUUCUCAAUCUCAGUUACACGGGGAAGGAUGUUAUAGCAAGAAUUGAGAAUGUGAUUGGUGUGAUUGAAGGAACAGAAGAGCCUGACAGAUUUGUGAUCUUAGGUAACCAUAGAGAUGCAUGGACUUUUGGAGCAGUUGAUCCUAAUAGUGGCACGGCAACACUACUUGAGGUAGCACAAAGAUUAGGGAAGCUUCAGGAAAGAGGGUGGAAGCCUAGAAGAACAAUCAUAUUAUGCAAUUGGGAUGCUGAGGAAUAUGGUCUAAUUGGAUCAACAGAAUGGGUAGAAGAGAAUAGAGAAAUUCUUACUUCAAGAGCAGUUGCUUACUUGAAUGUUGACUGUGCAGUAGCUGGACCAGGGUUCCAUGUCAGUGCUACUCCACAGCUUGAUGAAUUGAUCAAAAAAGCUAUUCAGAAAGUGAAAGAUCCGAAUAACUCAUCUCAGAGCAUCUAUGAUUCUUUAACUAGCUCUGGUAGCUCUCCUCUGUUUGGAAGGUUAGGAGGUGGAGGAUCAGAUUAUAAAGCUUUUCUACAGCAUGUGGGAAUUCCAGCAACUGAUAUGUCCUUUGGAGAAUGGUAUCCAGUAUACCAUUCACUAUAUGAUGAUUUCGUCUGGAUGAAAAAAUUUGGUGAUCCUAUGUUUCAAAGACAUGUUGCAGCUGCAAGUGUUUGGGGUCUAGUAGCACUUUGGCUAGCAGAUGAGGAAUUCUUACCUUUUAAUUAUUUAUCAUAUGCUAGGGAGCUUAAGCUUAACAUGGAGGAACUGGAGAAUGAGAUUUCAAAUAAGGAUAUAAAUUUGUCUCCUAUGUAUAAGUCUAUCAUGGAGCUUAAAAAAGCAGCAACCAGGAUAAAUAACCAAAUAGAGAAACUUGAAGCAAGUGAAAAUUGGAGAACAUGGAAGAUGGAGCAUUUGAAAGUGAGGGAACUAAAUGAUAGACUGAUGAUGGCUGAGCGUGCAUUUACUGACAGAGAUGGUCUCUCUGGAAUGCAAUGGCAUAAACAUUUGAUCUAUGGACCAUCUAAACAUAAUGGCUAUGGCUCUCAAACAUUCCCUGGAAUUGGUGAUGCUGUACAAAUGGCUAAAAAACUACGUACUGCAGAAUCAUGGCGUCAAGUACAACACGAAGUUUGGAGAGUUGCAAGAGUCAUCAGACAUGCUUCGUUAGUUCUUUCGGGUCAACUAACAUGA